CGCGUCUCUACAACUUGCUCUUUCCUCGUCAUGGUUGACCGACGCUCAGACUCAGAAGACGGUUCUCGCGCUAAACGCCAGAAGAUGGAUAAGUCUGGGACUGACCCCCGGGAUAAUCCCUAUCUGGCUCAUAUGUACGCUGAUACGUCCUCUAACGGCAACUCAAGCUCACAGGCUGAUAACAAGAAUUCAGCCUUUGCGAAGUUGCAGCGACAUAAAACAACUGCUGCGCAGGCGCAAAAGGUUGAAGACAACGAGUUCAAUCCGUUCACAAAUCGGCCAUACUCGAGCAAGUACUUCUCGAUCUUGAAAACUCGCCGUGAUCUCCCCGUUCAUGCUCAAAGAGAUGAGUUCCUGCAGCUCUACCAGCAGUCUCAGAUCCUGGUCUUCGUCGGUGAGACUGGUUCCGGAAAGACCACUCAGAUUCCCCAAUUCGUCCUGCUUGACGAUCUGCCUCAGACCCAACGCAAGAUGAUCGCCUGUACCCAACCUCGCCGUGUGGCUGCGAUGUCCGUCGCCCAGCGUGUAGCUGCAGAGUUGGAUGUCACUCUUGGGGAGGAGGUCGGUUACAGUAUCCGUUUUGAGGAUAUGACUAGUCCCAAGACACUUUUGAAGUACAUGACGGACGGUAUGCUCUUGCGGGAGGCCAUGAACGACCAUGAACUCAGCCGCUACAGCACUAUUAUUCUCGAUGAGGCCCACGAAAGAACAAUGUCAACCGAUGUUCUCAUGGGUCUUCUCAAGGAAGUCGUGCAGCGCCGACCUGAUCUGAAGAUCAUCAUCAUGUCCGCCACUCUGGAUGCACAGAAAUUCCAACGAUACUUCAAUGACGCACCUUUGCUUGCUGUCCCCGGUCGUACCCACCCUGUCGAGAUUUUCUAUACCCCCGAACCUGAACAAGACUACGUGGAGGCCGCCAUUCGCACUGUUCUGCAGAUCCACGCCACGGAAGACGAGGGUGAUAUUCUUCUAUUCUUGACUGGAGAGGAGGAGAUUGAGGAUGCAGCACGCAAGAUCUCUCUCGAGGGUGAUGAAAUGAUUAGAGAGGCCGAUGCUGGCCCAUUAAAGGUCUACACCCUCUAUGGUAGUCUCCCUCCGCAUAUGCAACAGAGGAUUUUCGAACCCGCCCCUCCUCCACGCCGCCCAGGAGGUCGCCCGGGAAGGAAGGUCAUCGUGUCUACCAACAUUGCGGAGACUUCGCUUACCAUUGACGGUAUUGUCUAUGUUGUGGAUCCGGGCUUCUCAAAGCAGAAAAUUUACAAUCCCCGUAUUCGUGUCGAAUCCCUUCUAGUUUCUCCGAUCUCGAAAGCCUCGGCGCAACAAAGAGCUGGUCGUGCUGGACGUACUCGCCCCGGAAAAUGUUUUCGUCUUUACACCGAAAGUGCUUUCAAGAAAGAACUUAUCGAUCAAACGUAUCCCGAAAUUCUACGCUCAAACUUGUCAUCCACCGUGCUUGAGCUUAAGAAGUUGGGAAUCGAUGACUUGGUGCAUUUCGACUUGAUGGAUCCUCCAGCGCCAGAGACACUUAUGAGGGCUCUCGAGGAACUGAACUACCUUGCGUGCCUUGAUGAUGACGGUAACCUCACCCCGCUGGGCCGCCUUGCCUCAGAGUUCCCGCUAGACCCUGCACUUGCGGUCAUGCUUAUCAGCUCACCGGAGUUCUAUUGCUCAAAUGAGAUCUUGUCCAUCACAGCAUUGCUCUCAGUGCCCCAAAUUUUCGUCAGACCGGCAUCCCAGCGGAAGCGCGCUGAUGAAAUGAAGAAUCUGUUUGCCCAUCCCGAUGGCGAUCAUCUGACAUUGCUUAACGCCUAUCACGCGUUCAAGAGCCCUGAGGCGCAGGAGAACCCCAAGCAGUGGUGCCACGACCAUUUCCUUUCCUUGCGAUCUCUGCAGUCCGCCGACAAUGUACGUAUGCAACUCCUCAGAAUCAUGGAACGUGAGGAACUGGAGAUGAUCUCGACGUCUUUCGAAGAUAAGAAAUAUUACGAGAAUAUUCGCCGUGCUCUAUGCGCCGGGUUUUUCAUGCAGGUCGCCAAGAAGGAAAACCAGGGUAAGAGCAUGUACAUGACCAUCAAAGAUCACCAGAACGUGCUUCUGCAUCCCUCGACUGUACUUGCCCACGAUGCUGAGUGGGUUCUAUACAAUGAAUUCGUCCUCACGACGAAGAACUAUAUCAGAACCGUAACAGCUGUUAAACCGGAAUGGCUUAUUGAUAUUGCGCCUACCUAUUACGAUAUUUCGACAUUCCCAAAGGGCGAUAUUCGCUCUUCUCUGCUGCGAGCUGCCGAGAGACUCUCGCGCAAGGAGAAAAUGCGUGCGGAUUCUGGAAAAAGGCGUUAA